CCCUAGUUUUUUGUUUGCUCCUAGUGUGUCCCUACUUUCCAAAACCCAAACGUCUGAAACUUUGUUUUCCAAAACCUCAAACCCUCGAAAUCGCCAUGUCCGCCACCACAGCCGCCAGGUCAGUCCUCCGUCUCAUUGUUGUCAGGCCAGCCACUGCACGACGAUUACCCGCUAGAAUAAGGUCGACGUUCUUCGUUGCCCCAACUGCGAGAAGAACCCCUUCUCCUUCUCUUCGUAUUUCCAGGUAAUUUGAUUGAUAGAUAUUCUCCUCGCCGCCAAUCUGGGUUCUUCCUUUCAUCCGACGGAUCUGGGUUCGCAAGCUCUCCGACCACCACCACAUCCUCCUCCACCGCCGCACCAACUCAUCUCUUCUCCCUUGCGAGGAGAAAAAAAUCAGAUGAAUGCAACGGGAUCUUCGUCCUCUGUGUCACUGGCCUUACCCAAAUCCAGACCUUGAGGCAGUUCGUGGGAGGGACUAUGACAGUUUGGAUUUGCAGGGCUUCGAGGAGAGAGAAAUCGAGGGUGACAUCUGGAUCUACGACGGUGGAUGCGGGAUGAUGGAUUUGCUGGCGACGGAAGCGAUGACAGAGGCGGAGAGGAGGAAUGGUUGAUCCGAAUUUCAGGAAAAAGAGGGAAAAGUGGAGAACUGAGGAUUAUCUUCUCGAACCCAAAUUGGGAAAGUGAGGGGCGGUUGUCUCCAUUGCUAGAGGAAGAAGAGAAGUGGGUAGGUGCACAAUUGAAAAUGGUAAAGUUGUAUUUUGUUAUUUGUCAAUAAAAACAAAUUCAUGAUUAACGAAAUUCUUAUUAGUAAACAAACAGAUAAAUUGGCCAAAUCUCUUGUUUAGAAUCUCUAGAUUUUUGAAAGAGGGAAUUAAACCCAAAAUCCUUAUUUAAACAUUUCUCAAUCCAAAGGACCCAUCAAUUUUCUCAGCCCGAAUUUAGUAUCCAAACAACCCCAUUGACUCAUUGUGUAUGGUCUUAUAAGGACGGCUGAGAGGAAAAGGGAACUCAACAAAAAGUAUGAUGGUGAAAAUGAGAAGAAAAGGGAAAAUAGGGCAGGAAGUGGAGAGAGAGAAGAAAGGGUAAAGACUAAUAUUGACAAAGACGCAGCUCACAAGUACACUGUACAACACAAAAUAGCAGGGAAAUUUUUUUGCAAUUUAAGAAGAAAAGAAAUUAUAAGCUCCAUCGCUGUCCCAUUGCCGAAAGCCGCGGGAGAGAGAAGAGAAGGAGAGAGAAAGAGAGCCAUAGCCGAAAAGCCACUCUUCUUCUUCUUCCCCUCCUUCCUUCCUUCCUACCCAGCCAUCUUCGUCUUCUUUUGUUCAACUCAUUUUCCUCCCUUCCCCUUCUCUUUCUUCGGAGCUGUCCUUGUUCCUUCCCCCCCGGGGCUCCACCCCCCCGACCCGAUCUCUAUCCCCGGCCACCGCAUUUCCCCCCCUUUCCGCCGCCGCCGCCGACCGCAGAGCAAAUGUACUCCGCCAUACACUCUCUGCCGCUGGACGGGAGCAGCAUAGUCGGAGCUGGAGCAGGGCACGUGGAUUACCAGGGUUCGUUGGAUGGGACCAAUCUACCUGGGGAUGCGUGCUUGGUUCUCACCACGGAUCCGAAGCCUCGCCUCCGGUGGACCGCCGAGCUCCACGAUAGAUUCAUCGACGCCGUUACCCAGUUGGGAGGACCUGACAAAGCGACUCCUAAGACUAUAAUGAGGACAAUGGGGGUUAAAGGCCUCACUCUUUAUCACUUGAAAUCCCAUCUUCAGAAAUACAGGUUGGGAAGGCAAUCCUGCAAGGAAUCGACUGAAAGUUCUAAGGAUAUUGGAAUAGCAGCAUCUGUUGCUGAAAGUCAGGACACUGGUUCAUCAACAUCAACAUCAUCUAGAAUGGCUGCACAAGAUCUGAAUGAUGGUUACCAGGUCACUGAGGCUUUGCGUGUACAGAUGGAAGUUCAGAGAAGGCUACAUGAACAGCUAGAGGUGCAGCGUCGACUCCAACUGAGGAUUGAAGCCCAGGGUAAAUAUCUACAGUCAAUACUAGAGAAAGCUUGCAAAGCUCUAAACGACCAGGCAGUUGCAACUGCCGGACUAGAAGCUGCAAGAGAGGAGCUUUCAGAGUUAGCAAUCAAAGUAUCCAAUGAAUGUCAUGGAAUGGCACCCCUCGACACCAUCAAGAUGCCGUCCUUAUCUGAACUUGCUGCUGCUUUAGACAGCAAAAGUGCUUCUUCCAAUGUGCCUGCUCGGAUUGGUGACUGCUCCACAGAGAGCUGCUUGACUUCAAUUGGGAGUCCAGUUUCGCCCAUGGGAAUGUCUCCACAGGCUGCUGCUGCUAUGAAGAAAAGAUCAAGGUCUGUCUUCGGCAAUGGAGAUUCUCUUCCAUUGGAUGGCACCACCAUGCGUCAUGAAGUUGAAUGGAUGAUGAACAACAUGGCCUGAAUAGCUAGCCAGCUACUGCAACGUUAGCAUCCUAGAAACUGAGCCUCAUUGUUUCUCCCGUCCUGCUCAUCUAGUUCUUGGUUAUAGGCGUCAGAUUAAUUUGAUCUCCUAAGUUAACUGUAUCACCAUCAAAAUGUCUCCUGUAUAGCUUGUGAUCCUUUUUCGAAUGGUAGGAAGUGACUUUUGCCUAUUCGGUUGGGAAGUUGUUACCUUCUCGUUUCUUCCCUCACAAAGAUCUUUACUUUCAGUUCACAACCUUUCUGCCCUGUGGAAAUCUGUCAGCAGAAUCCUUAGCCAACGACUAACCAAGCAAAGCAUGGUCUCUUGUAGACUCUGCUAAGUUUUAUCUGAUCUCCUCAUUACGCCCAACAGUCCAUGACCUGGAUUCAUGGUUUGGCGUUAAUGGAACCAGUUUUGAACAAACCAACGGAUUCCAAUUCAACAGAGCAAGUCCGUAAAGCCUGGAAAUCUUUUGGCAGGCUUGGCGAAGAAAGUACUCAUUAGAUUAGAUUCCCUUUUUACAUCUGCAAGGCAUUCGGGCAUCUGCAUCUUUCUAUAAGAUGUCAGUUCCCAGGAAAAGAAUAAAGCUUUUCUUUAUUA